AGAGCUGAGAGCGACGGGACCACCACGCUCAGCGAUGGAGCAUUGUGGGAGGGGAUAAGAGGCCUGCGGGAUUGGAACCACCUAUUUCCAUGUCAUGGGCCUUCGAUUCUGUAAGGAGGGCCAGCUUGUGGAAAUCGUAGUGGAAGACACUCAAGAGAUCACAUUGUAUAUGCAACAGGAGGAAGAAGUCGAGAAAGUGCCUCCACCCCCACCCCCACCCAUUAUCCCACCGGUAAAGAAGCCCUCUGAUGAAGAGGAGAAAGCCAAGCAGAUCCAGGCCUGGUGGCGGGGCACCCUGGUGCGCCGGACGCUGCUGUACGCGGCGCUCUGCGCCUCCAUCAUCCAGCGCUGGUGGAGGAAGGUGCUGCGGGAGCUGCCAUUGUUGCGGCAGAAGAGGCGGCGGGUGAUGCUGGAGGCCUACACUCGGCAGAAGUGGGCGGCGGUCCGGCUGCAGUCCUGGUUCCGCAUGUGGCGCGUCCGCCUCCGUUACCGCCGCCUGCUGCAGGCCACCCGCAUCAUCCAGAUGUACUGGCGCUACCAUAACUUCCACACCAAUGGCUUCCUCCAGGGCAGGUAUAAACUCACCGCGAACCAGCUGGGACUCGAACUUGAGAUCUUCCUGGGGUCACAGAUUUGUCGGAUUACAGAGUGCAUCCCCUUCCCAAUAAAGAACUGACCAGGUCUGCUCCA